GCUAGGCAGGAUGAUCAUGCUCCAACUGAAGCUGAAUUGUCAGAUCAUGAACAUGAAUACCCAAGAGAAGCUGAAUUGAUAGAGCAUGUAUGUCAACACACAAGAGAAGCUGAAAUGACAGAUGACGAAGACGGAUUCUCAAGUGAAGAUGAACUGGUAGUUGGUGAAGAGGAACACUCUUACUGGUCUGAGGAUUCCACAUGAUCAACGACAAUGGAGGCUGUUGGAAUAGUUCUGCACCAUCUAUCUAGUGAUAUGAAGGAACGAGUCAGAGAUUGGAUGCUAGUUUUAAUAGUGCUUUCUCUUUACUGUUUGAAG